AUGACGAAUCUAUCAGCCGCAACCGCUACCAACCCGACAAACCUCCCUCGUCGCUAUGAAAUUCGGAGACUGACAGAAGAGCAUCUCCCGAUGGCCGCGGCAGUUGUGCUCCACUCGAAUAUGUUCUAUUCCCCAGUUUGGCCAGUGUGUUACCCGGAAGAGAAGACGGCACGGAUCUACCAGGGCUACAAGGCCGCUGACUACCUGGUCCGGCAUCAAAUCAACUCGGGCCACAGUUUCGGUGUCUUCGAUUUAGAGUAUCAGUUCAAGCGUGAGGAGUCGAAGCCGAACGGGAAGCUUUACUGGGACAUGAAGGACACGACCCUGGACAAAGAUCAGCUCCAGGACCAGAUGGACUUUCCGCUCGUCAGUGUUGCUUUGGCAUAUGACGCGUUCAACGAAUUGGAUAUGGAGAAAAUAGGGCCCUUGGUCGAGUGCCUCCCCCUAUUUGGAACAAUCUACCAUGUGCUCGGGUCAUCCGAUCCUCGCGACGAGGCGAGCUGGAAGCCCACGGCCGAGAAACAGGUCCUGAUGCGCAACGCGACCAGCACCCGACACGACGCCGAAGGCAAGGGGAUCAUGAAGGCGCUGGCUCAAUUCCUGAUGCGCUAUGCGGCCGAGCAGGGGUUCCGCGCCAUCCAAAUCGAAUGUCUCGCCGACGCCGUCAACAAAGUGUGGUCUCAGCCUCCGCCGCCGUUCAAAAGCACCAUCGUUUGCGAGUUCAACACGGGUGACUACGAGGAAGAUGUCGAGGUCGACGGCACCACGAAGAAGAUCAAACCUUUUGGAGAGGCCAAGCAAAGAGCGACCAAGAUCUAUUGCGAGUUGAAACCCACGACCCAGAACGGGCAUGCACAUACCCCAGCUGCGGUUCCGGCGGUCGGAGCCCUAGGCUGA